UUUAUUAUAGUCAUUCGUAUUUUUCAAGUUUAGCGUUUCCAUGUUUUCUGCUUUAUAUUUUCCAUUUUUUCUAAGACUUUCUUUGUAUUAACUUGUUUCAAGUAUAUUUGUAAUUGAUCAUUGAAACAUUUUUAUGAUCAGGGGAAACAUCAUUUCCACCUGGUGCCUGUGGAUGCUAGAUUGGACUCUGAUGGACAGAACUGUCAAUUUAUUAAUGAAUCAUGGCUUGUGUUGAACAAGACAAGCUGGGACAAGCAUUUGAAGAUGCUUUUGAGGUACUGAGGCAACAUUCAACCGGAGAUCUUCAGUACCCCCCAGACCUUCUAGAUUACAAAAAUUACCUGGCCUUCAUCAACCACUGUCAUGUCAGAGGGAAUUCCAGCUGCUGUGCUGUGCUGCCGGUAGAGGAACCUGUCUAUAACUGGAGAACAGUAAUAAACAGUGCUGCAGACCUCUAUUUUGAAGGAAAUAUUCAUCAAUCUCUGCAGAACAUCCCUGAAAACCAGCUAGUACAACCUGCUGUUCUCCAGCAAAAGGGAGGAAAAGGCAGGAAGAAGCUCCGACUGUUUGAAUAUCUUCAUGAAUCCUUGUGUAAUCCUGAGAUGGCAUCUUGUAUUCAGUGGGUAGAUGAAAACAGAGGCAUCUUUCAGUUCAUAUCAAAAAACAAAGAAAAACUUGCCCAACUUUGGGGAAAAAGAAAAGGCAACCGGAAGACGAUGACUUACCAGAAAAUGGCCAGAGCACUGAGGAAUUAUGAAAGAACUGGGGAAAUCACCAAAAUCCGGAGAAAGCUGACUUACCAAUUCAGUGAGGCCAUUCUCCAAAGACUCUCUCCAUCUUAUUUCUUGGAAAAAGAGAUCUUCUACUCACAGUAUGUUCAACCUGAUCAAGGACAUCUCAGUUUAAAUAACUGGAAUGCAAAUUAUAAUUAUACAUAUGCCAAUUACCCAGAGCUAGGUCACCCUGAUUGCUAAAUAUACUCUUACAUUUCAUGAUUUCCUGGCAUCGGAAAUCCCUACAAAUUCCGGGAUUUUUUUUUUCUUAAAGCAAAUACUGAAGAGAAAAAAACCAGUUAACUUCAUUGUUGCUAUCUUUUAUUAAAUAGCAUAAUUUACACUAACUUGGUGAGAUAUUCUGCCAGUGAAAAAUGAUCAAGUCCCUUUUGAAAGUAUAGACUAAGUGUCUUCGCUCUUACUGUUGUCUAUGCAAUACUUUCUUCUAGAUUAACAAUGCCAGUAGAGAUGAUUUGGUUUGUAUAUUCAUUUAAGUAUUAUUUUCCUGUCAUAACACUCAGACAAAAAAAAAUCCCUCUAACGUAUAUCUGACGGCUUUAACAACAUAACAAAAAAUAAUGGCAUAUGAUAGUGUUCAUGCUAAAAUACAUUCAUGACUGUAAAAACUUCAGUGACUAUCUAUCUUGAACCCAUGCACUUCAGACCUCAUGGUCUGUGAGGCUGUGCUGCUAAAGAGACGAUGGUCUAAGGAAAAUGCCACCUACAUUAAUGAUAAUAAAAAUCCAAAGCUUAC